UUAAUAUUUUAGUAUAGUGCAGUUAACAGCCUCAGGCGCGCGGUGAUUUCGCGUAUAUACAUUUCAAAGAAAAAUUACGUUUCAGUUCGCAUUGUGACAGUUAUAGUGCUUGUGUUUAAGUGCUGUGUAACAUCGUCACGUGGAGUUAUUAAUUGAAUAAUAUCUAAUUCCAGCAAUAAUGUGCAGUAUAUUUAGAUUAAGAAUAGGCAGAAAACGUGAUUAAUUAUCGUCAAUGUGUUGUGAAUAAAUAAACAAAGUGCACUUGUAUGUAUCUUAAUGGUGACAGUUUUCACGUUGAGUGAGCAUGGCGCCAUCAAGCGGCGGCCGCGUGUACUUUUGCAAUAUACGACAAAAUCGCCAGAGCGGUCGAGUUUUAAUGGAUAUAGUUUAAGCUACUCGGCCGAGCCAGGGGAAACUAUAGCAACAACCAAAGAAGAAGAAUGGGUGACCCGCAAAACCAGCGAAGUGACGACCACGCGGCAGAUCGCGACGCGCGUCAAGCGCGAGCUGGUAUUGGAAGACGGACGUAUUCUCAGCGAUUCUGGACCAAAGAUAUCUACCUCGGUGAAUGAGGACACGCACACCACUAAUUUUCAACAAACUGAGCACAGAGUACCUGAGGAGCAGAAACAAGAUGCAUCAAUAGCUGGGGAGAAAUCACCAGAUGCACUCGACUUACCAGAUGGUAUAAUCGCGCCCGUAGACGCGAAGGUUCUAGUAUCUUCGAAAGUCGUAGCCAACCCUGAUGGAAAAGUGAGAGAGAGCCACGAGAGAAAGAUCCUCACUCGGAAUGUCACCGAGAGAGUGAGAGAAACGGAAGAGAGGAUUCACACUGGAGACACCACGCAUGAGGCGCUAAUAGCUGCGGUGAACGAAACGAAAGAUGAAGACAUUCGCGAUGCUCUGAGAAAUCAGACGGAACAGCAGCUGGCCCUCGUACCACGAGGUCCCACGCUCGUCAAAGAUACCGUUGCAUACAAUACCACUAUUACCACAGAUGAUACGGAGGAGUUGCGAGCUCUACGACCAGAUGGAACGAUUGUGACGGAGACGCGACACACCAAAGAACAGGAGCGGGUGUGUGACGAGGAGCUGGCUAGGGAAGAGGUCGGUUCAUUGAAAAGUGAUCAGAGUUUCGUAGAGGAAACUGGUGGUAAAGAGAGACGCAAGCGCAUAGAAGUUGAACAGUCCACUGAGCUGAUGGCGGGCGGGCUGCGGGUCGGUACACAAGUGCACUCCAGGACACGGACUGAGGAAGCGGAAAGAGAAGGCCAACCCAACAUGGAUGACGAUUGGGACAGUUUAUCUGUGAGGAUGCGACGCCAGCGCCGCCUUCGACUAAACGAUCAGGAUAAAGACUACGCGAAGCGGCCAAUUAAUUUCGACAUCGAGGAGGAGACACGCAAAAAGGAAACGUCCAAAUGGCUAGAGAGUCAUUUUGGUAGUGAUUCGCGCUCAUCCCACGAUUCCAUCGCAGAGGAGAUAGGACGACGCCCCGAUACUGGAUACUUUGUGAAGAAGGCUGAAGACGAAGGGUAUUACGGAAAGACGUCAUCUGUGCCACCACCGCCCGUUUAUCCUGACCGUGUGCUUAGAAAGACGAAAUCAUCAACGCCAUCCGACGAAAGACCAGUUAAUCGAACAGGUGGUUAUUUUAAAGGAGUCGCAGAUUGGUCUCAACGUCGAGCCACUAAGCCAAGAAUGCCUGAACCGAGGAGCUCGUCGCCAUCACCACCGGCGGCAAGAUCUCCAUAUGCCAGCGAUGAUAGAUUAAACGGUUCAUCUCCUAGACACGUAUAUGGGAAGCGUGAUUCGCCGCAAGGUAGAUCUUCACCUAUCGGUCGGCGUCACCCGCCGUCCCGCGACGACUCCGCCUACGUGUCCUCUUCGACCAUGCACAGCCCGCCGCGCGGCUCCCCGUUCCGCCCGCUCGAAACGGAUCGAACAUUCCGGGAACCAUCCAUAGAGGACGAUUACAGGCCACCCAUAGUUCCUGAAAGAAAGCGCCAUUCAAAACAACGGUCAGAGGAUCACCGCUACGACAGUGGAUACAGAAGCUCAUCCCGCAACGGGAAUUCAGGCCGAUCACGCGACAGCCGGGAGGACAGCGCCGUUGAGCCUCCCCCGGAUUAUUCCCCACCACGGGAGCGACGCGGGAGCUCCGACCGGGACAGAACGCCGCCGCGCCGCCGCGAUAGGGAUGAAAGGAAGCAGAAUCAGAAGACGCGAUUCGCGGAGAACGCCAGGCGGCAGUCGCCGGUGCGCAAAUCAGUGGGGUCGGCAAUUGGGAAUUCGAUAAGGAAGCUGGUGGGGAAGAUUCGCUCGGCGUCCGCGGAGCGCAAAGCGCGGUGGCGCACACCGUCCCCGGAGCACGCGUCGCGCACGUACCGGCAGUACGGCGGCGAGCUGGCGCCCCCGGCGGCGCCCCACGCCGCGCCCCACCCCGCGCCCCCGCACCGCUACUACCUCGGCGAGGACCCUUUCGCGCCCAGCAUCUACGGCCGCGAGCACAAGUACGACGGCAGUCCUAGACGCGCAGCUGCUGCCGAUGCCCGUGACCGCGAAAGAGGACAAUUCUCGAGCACGCUUGGUCGAUUCAGUCAUUCCGCGAGUCGACUGAAUCCGAACAGCGAAACUGAGGAAGACUAUUCCCGCUCUGCUCAGACCCUGCCGAGGAAACUCCACGACCGCAAGGAGAAAACCACCGAAAAGCCGAGCUCGAACAAAUAUUGGCAUCGGCUCACCUCAAACAAACGAUCCACAAGUGCCAUUAAUAUAUCAAAUAACGGAGCACCAGAAGGGAAGAUCAAUGGUUACCCACCCGGUCCUGCCAAACCGGCGCGGACCUACAAAGGCUUAAACAGAAGCAAGAGUUUUGCUAUGGGAGUGCCCGAACAGGAGACACAUCCCAGAUACGUCACAGGAAUGAACAGAAACUACUCCACGAUGUACAAGUCCAACCCUCACCUGAGCCGGCUCGAUGAAACACCUGAACAACUGAAGAGUCCAGGAAUCGUCUCGAUAAUAAACAGAAGUCAACGCGAUCUCGCUGAUGCUGUAUCAAGGGAGACGGAACGAAGACGUGAUGGGUUGUUUGGCGCGCGUUACGGAAAAACAACGCCUCUAAGCAACGGCCAUUCAAAUGGCUUCAGCAAGUCGUACGAUGAAACGGAUAAGAAGAAGAUAUUUUUGAAGGGGCUGAGAGAUCGCGCCCCAGAAUUAUACCAAACGCUACACGACGAUGAAUCAGAUGGAAGUAGAUUAUCUUCGCGUUAUGGAACUCCAUCGCCGCAUUACAAAGAUCGCAUAUCUGAAGAACGCAAAAUACCAGUGUACAGAACGGAUUCAUCCAACAGGGACAGCAGUCCAUUCGUUUCACGUUUGGAUACGAGGAUAAAAACGCCGGCUAAUAGAAGAGAGAGCAACAGCAGUGAUAAUUACUCAGAGACGUACAGAUACCAAACGAGGUCUGGUGAUCCGGAGAGACCGAGUGUAACAGACACAGUUGAAACGAUAAGCAAAAAAAUUGUCCCAUCUAGAGAUGGCCGGUCAAAAGAAAUAAUUGAGUCCAGAGAAGUCAACUCAGUUACUAAAAGCAGAGGAUACAAAGCGGAACCGAUAACAACGAUAAAGUAUUAUGAAAAUGACCGACCUCUGAAAUACGAAUCUCGAAAUGGUGCUGCUCCACUAUAUACCGAGCGGAGGAGAAGUAAUUUUAAAGUGACAGAGAAAGUAAGAGAUUAUUAGGAUUCACGUGACGUAAAUGCUUUUGCCAUAAUAAUAACGUAAUAUUUUAUUGAAUGUUAAAGGACUGUUAGACACAUCAAAUGUGCCUUAUUACAUUGUUUAAUGUAACAUAAGUUGCUUUAUGUAAAAAGUCAUAUAGUUAUACUAAUAAGUUAAUGAUUAAUAAUAAGGAAACAGAUUCCGUCCACUUGAACUUUGUAACAAUUUAAAUAAAGAUUUUACUCAUCAAUUGUGAAUAACUAGAUUUUAUAAACUAAUUGAUAACAUUUGAUACGAUUAUUAUGAACUAAGAAUGUAAUCAUAAAAAAUAAAUAAUGUGUUAAUAUACACUAA